AUGUCGAAGUUGGCAGCCGACCACAGCUGUCGUAGCAAGACAUCGAUGAAGAGUAAAGCACAGGUGGCCUACGACCUGGACCCUGUCGGAAUUCGGCGCCAUUCGUACAGAACACGACGAGAGUCGAAAUGCAGGAAUGUACAUGCCGCAUACGUCAGACUGGUCACUGGGUGGCGAUCGCCGAAAACUAUUAACAUGCGUUGUCGUCGGCAACGCGGCGCUGACCGAAAAAAUUGCGUCGCCUCUGAUAACCCAUAA